UUGCCCUGUUGUCUGUGGGAGAACCGCACUGCCUGCCUGCUGCUUGCUUUCCCGGGUUGGUGGCUUGACCUAAAGACCGCUGUGUUGCGCGAGCAAGACUACGGAGGAAAUCCGUGCAUCGCAACAACUUGAAUCAAUUCGAUUGUCCAUUUAGUUGAAAGGAAUAUCUGCAACUGCAGAAGGACUAUCCCAGAAGCGAAGCUACAAAUAGCCCAACACACAACACUCGGCUUCAGUAUCUUUCGUGGUUGACGUUUUGAGUAACAGGAAAGGGACUGUUGGAGACGGAAUUCAGCUAUGAUUUCCAAUACGACGUUCUAUCAAAGCUGUCUUUUAUGAACUUUUUUUUUUGCUUUUGGAGUAAGCAAGUUUUAAAGGGGCCUUCUUCUGGAAUAACAUUAUAAUUGUACCUAAACUAAAGGGAAUAAAAUGCCGGACCAGAUCACAGUGUCAGAGUUCAUAGCCGAAACGAAUGAGGACUAUAAAGCGCCCACAGCUUCAAACUUCACGACGCGAAUGUCUCAUUGUAGAAAUACUGUGACUGCAUUGGAGGAGGCACUGGAUGUGGACCGCAGCGUGCUCUAUAAGAUGAAGAAGUCAGUGAAGGCCAUCUACACCUCUGGUCUGGCUCACGUGGAGAAUGAGGAGCAGUACACCCAGGCGCUGGAGAAGUUUGGGGAGAACUGUGUGUACAGAGACGACCCCGACCUGGGUUCCGCGUUCCUCAAGUUUUCCGUCUUCACCAAAGAACUCACAGCCCUUUUCAAGAACUUGUUUCAGAACAUGAACAAUAUCAUCACCUUCCCACUGGACAGCCUGCUGAAGGGGGACCUGAAAGGAGUGAAGGGGGACCUGAAGAAGCCUUUUGAUAAAGCCUGGAAGGACUACGAGACCAAAGUCACCAAGAUCGAGAAGGAGAAGAAGGAGCACGCUCGGCAGCACGGCAUGAUCCGCACGGAGAUCAGCGGCGCCGAGAUCGCCGAGGAGAUGGAGAAGGAGCGGCGCUUCUUCCAGCUCCAGAUGUGUGAGUAUCUCCUCAAAGUGAAUGAGAUUAAAAUCAAGAAAGGGGUGGACCUCCUUCAAAACCUCAUCAAAUACUUUCAUGCACAGUGCAACUUCUUCCAAGAUGGUCUGAAAGCAGUGGACAACCUGAAGCCCUCUAUUGAGAAGCUAGCCACAGACCUGCACACCAUCAAACAGGCACAGGAUGAGGAGCGCAAGCAGCUAACUCAGCUCAGAGAUGUGCUCAAGUCUGCACUACAGGUGGACCAGAAAGAGUCUAGGAGAGAUUCCCAGGUGAGACAGAGCGCCACCUACAGUUUGCACCAGCCGCAGGGUAACAAGGAGCACGGCACAGAGAGGAGCGGGAACCUCUACAAGAAAAGUGACGGCUUGAGGAAGGUGUGGCAGAAGAGGAAGUGCUCGGUGAAGAACGGCUACCUGACCAUCUCACAUGGCACGGCCAACCGACCGCCAGCCAAGCUCAACCUCCUGACCUGCCAGGUCAAGCACAACCCCGAGGAGAAGAAGAGCUUUGACCUCAUCUCACAUGACAGGACAUAUCACUUCCAGGCGGACGAUGAGGCGGAAUGUCAGAUAUGGAUCUCGGUGCUGCAGAACAGUAAGGAGGAGGCGCUCAACAACGCCUUCAAGGGUGACCAGCACGUGGGCGAGAACAACAUCGUGCAGGAGCUCACCAAGGCUAUUGUGGGCGAGGUCAAGCGGAUGACCGGCAACGACGUCUGCUGCGACUGCGGCGCACCCGGUCCUACCUGGCUCUCCACCAACCUGGGCAUCCUCACCUGCAUCGAAUGCUCCGGCAUCCACCGUGAGCUCGGCGUCCACUACUCUCGGAUACAGUCGCUCACGCUGGACGUCCUGAGCACCUCCGAGCUCCUGCUAGCCAAGAACGUGGGGAAUGCAGGCUUCAACGAGAUCAUGGAGGCCUGUCUGACUGCGGAAGAUGUGGUCAAACCCAACCCAGCCAGUGACAUGCAGGCGAGGAAGGACUUCAUCACGGCCAAGUACACAGAGAAGCGCUUCGCCAGGAAGAAGUGUCCUGACGGCACGUCCAAGUUGCACACACUGUGUGACGCGGUGAAGGCCCGCGACAUCUUCUCCCUCAUCCAGGUGUACGCCGAGGGAGUGGACCUGAUGGAGCCCAUCCCCCUGGCCAAUGGACACGAGCACGGAGAAACAGCUCUGCACUUGGCGGUCAGACUGGUGGACAGGACAUCACUGCACAUUGUAGACUUCCUGACGCAGAACAGUGUGAACCUGGACAAGCAGACGGCCAAGGGCAGCACAGCACUGCACUACUGCUGCCUGACGGACAACAGCGAGUGUCUGAAGCUCCUACUGCGAGGGAAGGCCUCCAUAGACAUCGCUAAUGAAGCAGGAGAGACGCCAUUGGAUAUCGCCCGGCGACUCAAACACACUCAGUGUGAGGAGCUGCUAAACCAGGCGCUGGCGGGGAAGUUUAACGCUCACGUGCACGUGGAGUACGAGUGGCGCCUUCAGCACGAGGACCUCGACGAGAGCGAUGAGGACCUGGAUGAAAAGCCCAGCCCCCACCGUCGAGAUGAGCGUCCGGUCAGCUGCUACACGCCGGGCUCUGCCCUGCAGCCCAGUCCAGCCUCGUUGGCGCGGGAUGCCGCCAGCCUGGUCAAGGAUAAGCAGCGCGUGGGCUUCGUGCCCAACCUGGUCAACAACGAGACCUAUGGCACCAUCCUUAACACCAACCCCGUCCCACCGGGCUCAGCGGGCAUCCCCAUCACCACCGCACCCCCCCUGCCCCCACGGAACAUAGGGCAGCUAGCUGUGAUGGGUGGGCUGGGGCAGACAAGCUCGUCGGGGUGGAAGCCAGGUGGCUCCAAAGACCUGUCAGGCCGGCAGAGGUCCUCCUCUGACCCCCCAAACAUGCACCCUCCGGCGCCCCCCAUGCGCAUCAACUCCACCACCAUCGUGGGGCCCAACGCCUCUGCUCCCAUGGCUAAGACGGUCAGCGUGAUGGAGGCUAUGAACCCACAGCCAAAGACGGGACAGGGUAUGAACCGAGGACCAGCAUCUGGCAUGGACAAGUUCAACAAAGGACCCCCAGUUCACUCCGGCUCCAUUGAGAGACCAGGUAGAUGUCAGAGAAACAUGUUCAACUCUAAAGAAGCUCCUGGCCCCCAGAACACUAUCAGCCAAUCGCUUCCCCCGGCUCCGGUGCCGCGGAAACCAGGGUUCUCGAAACAGAGGCCGAAGCGAGUGAAGGCUCUGUACAACUGCGUGGCAGAUAACCCAGACGAGCUGACCUUCACCGAGGGCGAGGUGAUCGUGGUGGAUGGGGAGGAGGACCAGGAGUGGUGGCUGGGCCACAUAGAAGGAGAGCCAAUGAGGAGGGGCGCGUUUCCUGUCACCUUCGUGUUCUUCAUAUCGGACUGACAGGCGGGGAUCACAGGCGCUGAGCAACGCUGAAGAGCGUCUGCUGAGAAGUGUCUGUCGAGGUCUUCCUCUCCACAGUCUUCAUCAUUAUCAUCAUCAUCAUCGUUGCCGGUGCCUGUGCUGAUACUCCCCAAGCCCAACAGUGUGACUUACAGCAACUAGUGACAUGACGACGCACACUCCCCUUACUGGGAAUGUCAUCAUCAUCAUCAUCAUCAUAAUCAUCAUCAACGUCAUCGUCAUCUCUACAACAAGCUCUCAGCACUCCUGGGAGCAUGUUUUUAAAUAUUGUUUUGGUCCUUGUUUUUCUCCUUUUCUUCCAGCUGUGGUGAAAAACAGGAAAAAGAAGGAAAAAAAAGAUUGUAGUCUGUGACUUUAGCAAUAAAUGCACUUUUGACUUAUUUAUCCUAACUGAAACGAGGAAGAAUGUUAACAUUAUGAAGAGGUGUUCAGAUCAGAAUUUGUACAGAAAGUUUUCCUAAAAGUGGACAGUGGAAACUAUUGUAAAAUAUUUUUUAUCAGUUGGAAUCUCUCUUACUAAAUAUCUCUAUAAAUAUCUGUGUGAAAUGUUACAGUAGACCUGUUUGCUAACAUUCCAUAUCUGGCAUGUUUUUUUUUUUUUUUUGUAUUACUGACGUUACGGAAUUGCUGAUGAAGCCGGUGGGUGUGUGGGACUCUGCAGCGUCAUGUUGUGUUUCCUAUAUGGUGCUAACCCAGGGAUGUGCCAACAGGCCUCUCCAGAGGGGGCGCGGCACGGCUCGGCUCGGCUGUCCCCAUUUCCAAGCAACCCUCAGUGAGGCGGAGGGUAUAAAUAGGACCUUCUCUGAUCACACCUGGGAGGGCAUAGGCUGCUGCACUGUGUGUGUGUGCGUGUGCGCACGAGUGAAAACAAACGUGUGUACGAGUGAGAAUGAGAGUGUGUCUAUAUUAGAGAGAAAAGUGUGUUUCUGACAGAACUUGAGAGAUGUGGAAACGUGUGUGUGUGAGCGUGCGUGUGUGUGUGUGUGUGUGUGUGUGUGUGUG